AGUAAAACGGAGGUUUUCGGACCCUUACUCUCACGAUGCGAGGCGCUGGACGCGGACCGGCGGGCCGCCGAGGAGUGGCGGCUGGAGAAGUACGUGGCCGCCCUUGAAGACAUGCUGCGAGCGCUGAAGCAGCAGGCCCGCAAGCCUGCCCCAGAGCUGCUGAAUGAGUACUCUCGCAAAGUGGACUUCCUAAAGGGACUUUUAGAAGCUGAAAAAUUGUCUUCAUCAACUGAAAAGGCUCUGGCAAAUCAGUUUUUGGCCCCUGGACGUACCCCUACAACAACCAAAGAGAGAACUCCAGCUACUAAAACAGUUCAUCUGCAGACAAAGGCUCGUUGCACAGGCAAGAUGAGGAGUGAGCUGCUUAGUACAGACCCCUUGGCUAUCGAUGAUUCUGAGGAGUUAAACAUAAGAAAGCGGAAAGGCCUUGCAUCUGAUGAGAAGCAGUCAGCAGUCGAGCUGGAUGCUGUGUUACAGCACCAUCAGGAUAUGCAGGAGAAGUUAGCUGAAGAAAUGCUAAGUUUGGCUCGCAGUCUCAAAAACAACACUCUGGCUGCACAGAAUGUGAUAAAACAAGAUAACCAGACACUAUCGCAUUCUCUCAGGAUGGCAGACCAGAACUUUGAGAAGCUCAAGGAUGAAUCUGACCGCCUCGAACAGCACGCGAAGAAAUCAGUCAACUGGCUGUUAUGGAUAAUGUUAAUUGUGGUUUGUUUUAUAUUCAUCAGCAUGAUUCUCUUUAUCAGGAUUUUCCCCAAACUAAAAUGAUUUUUUUUUUUAAACUGCCAGAGUGCAGUUGGAAAGCUCAGCUGCUAUGAUAACUGUCAGCAAUCAGUAUCUUUGCCACCUAUCAUGUCCUUAAGGAGGCUGUCCAAGCCCUACCCU